AUCAAUCCUAAACAUAUGUGAAUGGAAAUUUUUAAUACAGAUAACUUCUACAUAUUUUGGAAUGGAAUAUCUAGUCUAUGGUGCAAUAAAAAGAAUGGACACUUUGAAAUAAAAAAUAAUAUAAACCCUCCUGAUGAUUCAGAUUUGGAAUGCUUAGGAUUAACAUAUGGACUCCUUGGAAAAUUACAGCCAUUUACCAAUAUAAAAUAUGGUGGUUUAAUUGUUAUCACAGAAAAGACAAAUCUUGAUUGUAUUUACGAAAAUAAAUCAAUAAUUCGCAUAGAUAAAAUUUCAAUUUUGCCAUUUUGUGAAGAAUUAUUGAAUGAUAAUAAUGGCAUUGAUCAAUCAAACAGUGUGUCUAUUUCUUAUGAGCCUAAAUUAUUUUAUGAUUUAGCAACAUGUAAUAAACAUCAAUCAUAUAAAAAUAAAAAUAAAUUAAGUAAUCCAUUACAAAAUUUAUUUCCUGGAACUAGCACAAUUAAGAAAUUAAUUCCCCUAUCUUCAAAUUCCAACAAUAUGUUACCUCUUCAAAAAACAUGGACCUCAAUCAAAGCAGCUGCAGAAAAUGUUUUACCAAACAAAAUUCCAAUAUUUCCCGGACUAGUUAUUUCUGAAAUUAAUGAAUAUGAUGAUGUGAAAUUAGCCAAACGGAUUUAUGAGGAAAUCAAUAAAUUGUUUAAUAACACCGAUUCAUUUUACUACUCUCGCGAAGUGGACCUUACUAACUCGGCCCAAAGACUUAAGGAAUUUAAAGAAAGAUCUAAAGACACUCAAGCUUCCUAUUCGAAAGAUAAAACGAAAAUGGAGGUUGCUGUUACUGUAUCAAGGGAUGCUAAAGGGAACAUAUUGAACACAUCAUUUAAGGAGGAUAGUUUUGCACUACCACCACUAUCAUACGAUUGGAAAAGUUGUGACGAAAGAUUUUUCUGGAAUUUUAACAUUCUAAAAGACGUGAUAUCUAUCAUGUCACAAGAUCCCCAUCAAUCAUCCCAUUGGAUACUGCCAAUAAUAUGUGGUUACGUAUCACCACCCCGAUCCAUCGAAAGUCACGAUUUUAUUACUCAUUUACCCACUCUAUCUAGCUCGUCAUUUAGCCGAAAAUCUGUUUUUGAUGAAACAGCUAUAGGAUUUCGAUCGAAGGAUGAUAGGAAAGAUGUAAAAAUGAAGGAUGUGAAAGCCACUUUUUGCUUGAUAUCUAGGAGAAAUAGGCACAGAACUGGCACGCGUUAUAACAGGAGAGGUAUCGAUGAAGAAGGAAACGCCGCCAAUUAUGUUGAAACAGAACAAUUAAUUCGUGUAGCUAAUCACGUUAUUUCCUUCGUUAUGGUGAGAGGUUCUAUUCCUUUGUACUGGACCCAAGGAGGCAUGAAGUACAGGCCUCAACCUACAUUGGAAAAAGAUGUGAACGAGAAUUUUUUGGCCUUCAAACGUCAUUUCGACCGAGAAAUACGCAUAUACAAAAAAGUAGUUAUCAUAAACCUAGCCGAACAAACUGGUCGGGAAAAAUAUCUGUCAGAAGCAUAUCUGGAUAAUUUGUUGACUUAUGAUAAUCCUCUGCUUAUAUACGUUACCUUUGAUUUCCAUGAAUAUUGUCAGGGUAUGAAGUUCGAGAACAUAUCGGUUCUGACGGAGAGUGUGGCUGACAUUAUUAAACAAAUGCAAUAUUGUUGGUUCGAUUCUAAGGGUUUUAUAUGCUAUCAAACCUCCGUUUUCAGGAUAAAUUGCAUAGAUUGUCUCGAUAGGACUAACAUGGUUCAAAUGUCUUUGGCUAAGAUCUUGUUAGAAAUUCAGUUACGAAAAAUAGGACUCUUAGCUCCCGAAACUCCAUUUCCCAGGUCUUUAACUUUGAUUUUUCAAUCUUCUUGGGCAAAUAAUGGGGAUGCUUUGAGUGUUCAGUAUGCUGGAACUGCUGCUUUAAAGGGUGAUUUUACCCGUACAGGGCAGAAAAAACUGACUUCCUUACUUAAAGAUGGUUACAAUUCUGCCGCUAGGUAUUAUGCUAACCAAUUUCGCGACGCUUACAAGCAAAUAGCAUACCAAACACUCCAAAACGCGUGUCCCUUGGCUUUAGUCGAGGCAGAAGAAAUAAAGGAGGAAGGAUUCAAAGUAUCGUCUUCACAUCAGACCGAUUUCAACGUGAGAAGGUUGUUUUUUUCGAGAGAUAUUCCGGCGUUUAGGCGAUUGCUUAGGCCAUAUCUCAUGCCGGAGGAAGAAAAUAGCGUUGAGGACGAUUAUCCUGAACCCGACCCGUAUUUUGAUGAUGAUAGUUCCGAUAAAUCGAUAUCAUCUAGUCCUAUACCUACGCAACAGCCUAAUAUGAUUAUUAACAGAUCUUCGGCGGACCCACCCUUUAAAACGUUUUAUGAUGAUACAUGUUCCUUAAACAAAUCACCGGCAACCAGAAAAAUAUCGCACCCUUCAUUGAGUCACAACAAAUCUAGUUCUAACCUUAUAACAACACCUAUAUACCUUCCUUCUGGCUGGACAGAUGUUCUUAAUCCUGGUAUAGAACACGAUAAUCUCAAAAUGAAGUUUGUGCCAUCACCUAUAAAUCCUCAAGAAACAAUUGUCAAAAGUAUUUCGAAAGAUAUAAAAGAUGUUACAAAUGAUAAGAAUAAUGUCAAGAAAAGCCAGGAAAUUAUGACCGAUAGUACAUCAUUACAUCAAGAAAGGAAAAGAUAUGAUGUUAUGAAAGCCAAGCUUAAGAGCCGGACUAGAAUAUUAGAAUUAUAAUAUAAAGAAAAUAGUCGAUGAAAUACCUGAGGUGAAAAAAUAAUGGUGACAUAUAUUUAUGCAACUAUUUUUUUAAAAUUGAUGGAUUAUCAAAUUAAGGACUAAUCAGUUUGUAUACAACGUUUUUUAUAGAUAAUUUUACUCGUAUAAGGUCAUUGAAAUAAUCAGGCGAUUAGUA